CAGACCCUCAUGGUAUUGAGUGAUAGGGGGAGUCUGGGUUAAUACUUUACUGUACAUUCGCCAUGGCAAGUAAUUCUGUGAGGGAACUGCUGAAGGAGCUACCGUCGUUUAAUCAAUCAAAUUUUUCCAGAUAUCACAGAGAUUCAACGUGUAAAUCCUCGAAUCGUCGACCUGCAGUUUAUUUACCGACAAAAGAUGUUAUAUCAGAGGAACAAACAAUAGUAACAGACAAAACAAAUAUUCUACUAAGAUACUUGCAUCAUCAAUGGGAAGCAAAGAAUUCAACUAAGAAAAGAGACACAGUUACAGCAGAUUUUCCAGAACAAGAAGAAUGUGUGAGAUCUAGAAAAAUCCAACGUGUUGACCUUGACGAUGAUUCACCAGACUAAUCACCCACAUCAGGUUUUAGGAUCAAAAUUCUUUUAUGUAGGAUCAUUUCAAAACUCUGUUGAGCUACAUGCACACCGAUUGCUGCUUAGUAUAUAAAUAUGAUUAUUCCCUGAUUUCAGAAUAUAUUUUACAUAUGUGUAAAUAUUCAGAGUUCUCAUCGCACUAAGAAGGAGACGCCAGAAAAAAUGUACAUGCUAUUGAUCAAAGAUAGCAUAAGCUUUCCUGUUUUACUAGGUUUAUUCAAAUAGGUUGUGGACUUAAGCAGUCUGUUCUGAGAUAACAACAACCUUAUCUAAUGAGAACUCUAUUUAUUAUAGAAAUUGGUACAUACACCAAGUAUUUUAGCCUGCUAUCAGUGAAAGUUGAAAACACUUAAUGAUAAUGAAAAAUUAAAUGAUGAGUAAGAGCUUUAAAUUAAGAAAUACUAUUCUGAUAUUGCAAUACUUUAAGAGUGAUAUGCAAAAGUAUGACUGGCAAUGAUGUAAUUGCAUAUUUUUAAGCAUGCACUUUCGUACGUUAAAGAUACACAUUUUGAUGCAAAGCUGCCUGGUUUUAUCAAAUAAGGUGUGCGAGAGCUCAUUUGGCAGCAAAAAGCUUGUGCAUAAAAGUAUGCGAAUACAAGUGGUCAUACUUUCGUGCAGUAGUAAUUACUUUUUUAGCUAAAUAAAAACUUAGUUGCCUAAGCAAUUAUAUCAGCCUGUAAAAAACACAAUAGGAUGGGAAAGAAAUAGGAUGAAUUUGAUAAUAGGAUGGGAUUUGUGACACUGGUUUAAUUUACGAACCUAGUGUAUCCAGAUUAAUUAUAUAUGCUCCAAAUGGUCUAUCUUUUUCUCCUCCAGUCAGCAUAGAGCUUUUAAGUGUGAUGAAAAAACCAAAAAUAAAAAGCUAUAAAGGUUUUUCUUAAUUUUUCUUCACAAAAGGAUUGGUUGUCCAAAGUUCUAACAGUUUCUAUUGGAGUUUCAAUCAUUGAGAAUAUUUUUCCUUAGUUUUUGUGAGAAGUUGGACCCACAAAUUAUAUCCCAACUUAACAGCUCUAUAGAUGAUCUUUUUACAUUCAUGAACAUGUGAGGAACUGGAAAUAUACCUUCAUAUUUAAUUGAUAUGGAAGCAAGAUACUCUUCAACCUCCCUGACUUGAAGUCCCUUAUUAAUAGCAGUUAUUAUGGAUGCAUGCAAAUGAUGAAAUUAGACAACAAGCAUUGUAAUGGCCCAAUAGCYUCAUUUGUAUGAUUCUUAAAACAAAAAAAAUUCUCAAUGCAAGCUCAACUGUAAUAACAGCUAUCCCUCCCAGGGCCAGAUAUUCUAAACAUCUUUCUAUACUAUGUCUAGAGAGGAACAGGACUGGUAAAAAACUGUUAAUAACUGGAUGGACUUCAAGGUGAAACCAUGACUAGGACCAUGAUCUCUAUCUACUUUAAAUCAAAAAAAUGUAAAUGCUGUUAUAUUAUGAACUGUUUUGACAAAUCAUUUCACUUGUUACCAAGCUAAAGCUAGACAAUUAUGCUUUGACUAUUCUGCUUCUGUAAAACCCCAUCCUUAGUUGGUUAUAGCAUUUCUUAAUAAACAGAUGAAACUAGUUGAA